AUGGCGGUGGUGGCGAAGAGGCCGUCGCCUUUGCGCUACCUCUCUCCCGCACGGGAGCAGCAGAAAGACGAGGUUUUCUCUUUCGGCAGGAGCAGCAGUAGCGGCGGCGGCAACGAAGGCGGGAAGCGAGAGAUGUUCUACUUCGGCAAGAGCGGCGGCGGGAACUUUGGGGAUACCUCCAAUACCCCGGGCCCCGGCCAGCCAACCCCGUCGACGCCACGGGUAGGACAACACCGGUCGCGCCCAACGGGGACGGACGGCGAGCACCUACCUCCUGAGACACGGGGGGCGGCGUUUCCCAUGACGCCGAAGGUGGCGAGAGGUCCCGAUACUCCGGGGUACGCGUCCACCCCGUGCAUUUGCUCCCCUCCGGCCCCGCUCCAUCGCGGCAUUACCGGCAGCGGCAAGCCCAGGGCGUCCAGCAGGCUGAGCAUAGGUAUAGACUGUAGCGGCCCCAGCGGCGGCAGCGGCCGCCCGCCGCCGGCCGCGACGGCGGCGGCGGCAGCGGCCGGCGAUGACGGCGGUCAGGGCUUAGCCCCGGAAUGGGCGGAGGGCGAGGAGGAUUGCGAUCGGAGUGGAACACCGGCGGCGGCGGCGGUGGCGGCGGCGGCCCGUCGCCCCGCCCGGGCGCGACGAAAAUGCCGACUGAACCAGCGGAAACCCAACCUCGCGGACGACAGCGACUCCUGCGGAGGAAGCACCACUGAAGCGGAUGCCGACGGGGACGGGGCGGAGACGAGCGGCGGCCUCCGCGACGGCUCCCAGAGCAGCGCUGGCAGCCGCGCUGCCGAUAGCUGUCGGCGGGAGCGAUCGACGAAUCGCAAGGAACAGCUGCUCAAUGCCUCUUCGUCGGAACGGUUUUCGGAAGACUUUUGUGGCAGGGGUGGUCAAGAAGGAGGGGCUGGGCAAGGGUUGGGUGCGUGGGCAGGGGCGGGCGCGGAGGCGUGUCCCAAAGAGCGCGGGGUCAGCCGCCGCCGUAGGAGGAAGAGGAAGCCGGUCGUGCGGCAAGACGAGGAAACUUUGAUCGAUUUCAAGGGCCGCAUGGCAGCCAUCGCGUCCGCGACACGACUUGCAGCGGCCGCCACCGCCACCUCCACCACCAGCUCGAGGAACGCCUUCGUCAUGGCAACUCCCCCGCACCCCAUCUCGUCCUCGGCCCCGCCGCUGCCCCGCCGACGCCUCCUGAGCGCGGCGUCGCCUUCGCUGUCGCCGCCCCCUCCCGCCGCCGCCGCCGCCGCCGCUCCCGAAGGCCGCUGCCCGUUAAUCGGUGGCGGCUCCUCGAACACGCGCAGGCCCUCGGCCGCGGACGGCUCCCCCGACCCGGCCGCGGGAAGUUCCUCGAUCGAUGCCGACAACGUCGUGGCUGGUGGUAGCUCGGAAGUUGCCUGGGGAGGCUCGUCGUCGGGGUCGGCUUGGUCGACUCCCGAGCGGCGAGGAAAGGGGGGAGAUGAACCCGGCAGGGCAGCGGCAGCGGCAGCGGUAGCAACGGCGAGGCUGGAUGGUGGCGUCACGGCGUCGCCAAAGAGGGAGGGCGCCGCCGGGAGGUCGGCCGUGCGCCCGCUGAGGACGACGCUCAAACCUUCGGAGAGAACGGCGCCGAAGACUCGCCCGUGGCCAGACUUCGAGCGCAUCAGGUAUGAGCCGCCGGAGUCGGCGAUAACAACCCCCCUGAGGCGCUCGGACUGGAAGGUUCCUCACGGCUCCGCCAUGCACGCUCUCGCCGCGGCUCUCGACGAGGCGGCCGGUAGCACUGCGUGCUCUUCGCCGCUGGACAUGCGGCAGGAGGGCCGGGAGAGCGUUCGACGGAGGUACCAAGAGCGAGCGGACCACUUCCGGCUCAUUCAGGCGGCGCGAGAAACGUCGGCUGGCAAAGGCUCCGCCAUGCUCCUGGCGAUGCGACAGAGGCGGCAGGCGGAGGAGGACGCUCUGAGGGCCGCAAGAGAGAGAGAGGCUCGGGCGGCAUGGAUAAAGGAGAGGAUCCUGAUGCACAUGCUCGAGGGGCGCAAGGCGGCCUUUCUCGCAUGGGCCAAGCACACCAGAGCCUGCCGCAACGCGCGGCAGGUGGUCAAGUGGAGAACGGACUCGCUCUCGCUGAGAGUCCUCACGGCCUGGAGGGGGGAGGCUAACCGAUCGAGGCGAAUCCGGGAGUUCGUCAUCAAGUACGUCAGUGGGUCGAAGCGAGCGGUGUUCAUGGCCUGGAAAGAGUCGACCAGGAAGUCUGUGGCAGUGCGGAAGAUGGCGCUUUCCCAGCUACAAGGAGGUCGGAAGUCCUGCUUCUGCGCCUGGAGGGACGCGACAAGGGCCAACGUGCGCAGGCGAGAGCUCGCCCUGGAGAAGAGCGCGCUGGCCCGUUCGGCCCUCAGCGGCCUGGCGGGGACCCGAGGCCGCUUCGUGAGGUGGAGGGCGUGGGCCCGGCGGAGGGCGGCAGCGAGGAGGAUGGCCCUGAGAGCGAGGGAGGCUUGGCUGCAGAGGUGCUUCCUGGCUCUGGCGGGGAACCAGCUGAGGCUCCGGCAGCGGCUCGAGGAUCGACGCAUGGCCGCGCUAGCGGCCGUUUUCCAAGGCUGGCGUGUCGGGCUCGGGCGGCUGCUUCGCGCCAGGCUCGCCUCCACCUCGGAAAGGGGUACCCUCACCGCAGACGACGGGCCCCCCGGCGGCGGCGGUGGUACCCCGCGUGAUGCGAUCGACGGGGCCCAUCUGUAUUCCUCGGUGGGCGUUGAGGGUUGGGGUUUUGCCCCUGCCCGGGAGGAGGAGAAAACGGAGGCGUUUUCUCCCGGGGAGGGGGGGGCGGGAUCUCCCGAUAACGGGGGAGGUGGCGCCGGCCUCGGGAAGCGGUCGGAAGCGUCGGGGGUGGGGGAGGCCGUAGCGUUUGACGGCGAUGCUGUCUCCCCGAGCGAUGGUGGUGCUACGGGUGCGCGUGUUCUUCUUCUUCCCCCGUCUGCGUUUUUCGCCUCGGAGACGCUCGUGGCAACCAAGGCGGUGGUGGAGGAAGAGGUUGGCGCUUCCGUCGAGGCAGCUGGAACCGGCCGAUGGCCUGGUGGGGGUGAUGGUAGUGCUGCUGUUGAGGAUGGCGGUGCGAGGGGCUCGCGCCGUGGCGCUUCGAGGCACCGGAAGAGGCGGCCGAGGAAGGGGGGCGAUGGAAGCAGCAGGAGGGCCAAGUCUCCGUGAGAGAUGUGGCGCGAGAGAAGAAGAGGAGGAAGAACUGUCCAUGUUGUGUGUGCGUGCUGUACGCCCAGUAAUGAGGGGGAGCUUUGUUAUCUAGGAGGAGCUUUGUGUUGUGUUGUCAAUUUAGGAGAAAAGUCCGUUGUGUGAAACGUUCGAAAGACAUCCCGUGACUACCCAAGCUUUGUUGUCUAGGAGGAAAGUCUGUUGUGUGGGUCGUUCGAACCGCACCCCCAUGACUACCCGAGCUUUGUUUUGUCUUGGAGAAAAAUCUGUGGUGUAUCUCUCGAAACGCACCCUCAUGGCCAGGGCGAGCGCUGGUUGUGAUGUGAGUAUCGGGAGCAAUGGUGUGUUGUGUGGUGUUUGGUGUUUGGAACUUUUUUGUGUGCUCUCGAUCGAUCGAAGAAGUCGCCGUUCCGAGAGCAGCUCGCCUUGGUCGGGAGCUAGUAUGCCCCACAGCGACGAAUAGCACGCUCUUGGAGUAGCUUUUAUUGGCGUGUGUUUUGUUUUGUCUGCCUGAACGCGCGUAGACCUAGCGUCCCUGUUGAAAUCGAAGAGAGAUGGUCGGACUGGAAGGAAUGGACACUUGUUGAGUAUAGUAGUAUAGUAGUAUAGUAGUAAUGGUACAUAACAUUUGAGGACGGAUGGGGGCCACGUCGCAUGUGUUGGCCUCGUCGACCCCCUGGUCGCUUGCGCUUGCAUGUAGACUUUCGGGCUGACUCGACACGAUGGCACAAUAUCACUGCAUAAAUUGGGUAGGCUCGGUGGCCAUGUACGUGUUGUUCUUUUUCGGUGAAGGUUAUGGUCGGUUGUUUAGGGGUGGUUCGAUUUCGGUGUUCUCCCGUCUCGCUUCUGAAUGUACGUACGAAAUAUCGUUCCAUAUUUUUUUUGUCCCCGUAGGUUGAAAAAGCCUCCUGGGUUUAUUGUUGCUUCGCGGAGACCGACACCGAGAGUUUUGCGUCACUGCGAUUUUUUUUUUCAUUGAGGUUUAUGUUUUUUACUCCGGGUUUUUACAAAAAAAAGCUUGAUGACAGAUAGGUGUACAGCCCAUGCCCCGUGUGCGUUGGAGAUUCAUGGUGCGAAAAAUGUACGUAAAGUAGGGGCGGUGUGAAUUUGUUGGUUGGUCCAUGUUGCAAUUUUCCACGUUGAAUUAUUUGCCUCUUGUGUGCUUGUUUCAAUUUUGCAUGUUUUAAUGGUGGUUGCACGUUGUUCAGAUGGUACUUUUUUUGUCU